AUGGCAUCAUCUGAAAUCAGUGGAGAAGAUCUUAUAAAUCUGAAGGAUCAAGGCUUCCUAGAGAAUUAUACUUAUAACUUAGAUUAUACUCUUGGCCCCGAUGGUUUCUCUGCAGAACCUUGCCAGCCACAAAAUGUAACAGUUUCAAUCAAGUACAUUGUAGCAUUCAUCUAUAUCCUGGUUUGCAUUUUGAGCCUGCUGGGCAACUCCUUGGUGAUUCUGGUGGUGAGCUACAACAAAGGAAACCGUUCUGUUACUGAUGUUUACCUCCUGAACCUGGCUAUUGCCGAUCUUCUCUUCGCACUCACCUUGCCAAUCUGGGCUGUGUAUCGCGUUCAUGAGUGGAUCUUUGGCACUUUCAUGUGCAAAAUCAUCUCAGUCCUGAAGGAAGUCAACUUCUACAGCGGUAUCCUCCUGUUGGCCUUUAUCAGUUUUGAUCGGUAUUUGGCAAUAGUUUAUGCUACUCGGGCAGCCACUGAGAAGAGGCACUGGGUCAAAUUUGUCUGCAUUGGCAUCUGGCUGUUCUCCUUCCUCUGUUCCCUUCCUGUGAUCUGCUUCCGGGAGGUUUUUCCAUCUCCAAAUUCCUCUCACAUGGUUUGUUAUGAGGACAUUGGAGGGAAUCGAACAGCUGAAUGGAGGGUAGUACUGAGAAUCUUGCCACAGGUGUUUGGUUUUCUCCUCCCCUUGAAAAUCAUGAUAAUUUGCUAUGGUAUAACUCUGCACAGACUCUACCAGACAAAGAACAACCAGAAGAAGAAGGCAAUGAGAGUAAUCUUGGCUGUAGUGCUGAUCUUUCUGUUCUGUUGGCUGCCCUACAACAUCGCCCUGCUUUUUGAUACUUUCUUGAGGACUGGCGUCAUUACUGACACCUGCUUAGUCCGUAACAGAAUUGACGAUGCUUUGUUAGGUACCGAGAUUUUGGGAUUUGCUCACAGCUGUAUCAACCCUUUCAUAUAUGCCUUUAUAGGACAGAAAUUCCGGAACAACUUCCUCAAGAUCUUGAUCUCACGAGGUAUCAUCAGCAAAGAAAUCCUGAUUCGGUAUAGGAAGGGAUCCACGUUUUCAACUUCCUCCGGUAACACUUCAACCACUCUAUAA